UAAAACAGGAUUAUGGGAGAUAUGAAGACACCAGACUUCGAUGACCUGCUAGCGGCUUUCGACAUCCCGGACAUGGUGGAUCCCAAAGCUGCUAUUGAAUCUGGCCCUAACGAUGACCAUGACGGACAGCUAAAGCAACCUAGUGGUGGGGUGAAUGCCAAUGAUGAUGAGUCCCAGAACCCAUCACAUGACAUUGGUGUUAGUGUCAUUGUCAAGAACAUCAGAAACAAAAACACUAGCAGGCCUAAUGAAACCAUAUCAGAGAUGGAUGAAAAGGUCCAUUCCCAACACUAUACUGCUAGCAUUGACAAUGGACUUUAUAAUGGCUUUUUGCCUUCAGGACAACCUGCUAGUCUUUACACCAAGAAUGGAUGGAACACUCCCAGCAAGGAAGGACAGCGAGUUGUCAAUCAAUCACCUACAUUCAAUCAGUUCAGCCCCAGCAGUGCUGAAGAGUUUGAUGACAAUGAUAAAAUAGAGGUAGAUGACCCUAUGGACAAACAGGGAGGUCAGUCAUUCUUUAAGUCCAUGACUAAGACUGAAAGCCCAAAUCCCAAGUCUCCUGUAUCAAUCACUAGAGUUUCCAGCACAAUCAGGAACCAAAAACCUGAUCAAAACAACAACACCAAUGGCACUCUGGAAGGUUCCAAGUCGGAUAAGCCCCCUCAAUUAGGUUUACCUGAGGGGGGACAAAAGGAAACUGUCCUCAAGUCUCAACGUCUGGAGUCCAAGGAGGCUGGAAAGCAAAUGGAUCGUGUUAAUGAGUCCAUUGUGUCUCAAUUCCAAGCCAAGUCCUCUGCAAAACUUUCGUCUUGUAUAGCAGCAAUAGUAGCUCUCAGUGAAAACAAGUCUAUCGCUACAGACUUGACUGUUUUGAAUUUGGCCACAACACAGAAGGAACUAACCAAUACAAAUCCCAUAGCUCGAGCAAAGCCACACGAGCUGGAGUCAGCCCUAGAGUUUGCAAAGCGGCUGCUCACAAGACAACCAGACAGCUCCACUAGUGUCAUGAUGAGUGAGGGUAGCAGUAAAGAUUCCCCUGCCUCAAGCACAGACACCCCAACGGUCAUCCCGAAAGUCAGGAUCAAAACAAUCAAGACGUCAUCGGGGCAGAUCAAGCGUACUGUCACCCGAGUUGUGCCAGAGUUCAGUGACAUUUUCUCAUCUCUUACAAGGCCCUCUCUGCCAAUUGAAAUAACCAAGCAAAUUACUAUUAAACCUGUGGCAACAGCUUUCCUGCCUGUCUCAGCAGUCAAGACCACUGGUUCCCAAGUCAUAAACCUGAAGCUAGCUAACAACACCACAGUCAAAGCAACUGUCAUCCCUGCUGCAUUAAUACAAAGUGCGAGCAGUGCCAUCCUGAAAGCCGCUAAGGCCAUCCAGCAACAGACGGUAAGGGUACCUGCCUCCAGUCUUGCUAGUGCCAAACUUGUGCCAAAAACAGUCCAUCUAAGUAACCUCAAUCUUCUGCCUCAAACUAUAUCUCCUGCUGUAUGUGGUCUGAAACAGGCCCUGUCCUCCUCCAAACAACCACAGCAAGUCAAGCAUCAGACAAGUCUUGCUGGCCGGGCCUCAAAGAAAGUCUCCACUAUUCAAGUGUUUACCAACUCUCAAAGCUCUGUAGUGGACGCCUUCAAUAAAGUCCUGAGUAGCAUAAACCCAGUCCCUGUGUAUGUCCCAAACCUCUCUCCACCAACCUCAGCUUGCAUCUCUCUACCCUCACGUGGCUACAAGUGCCUGGAGUGUGGAGAUUCGUUUGCUCUUGAGAAGAGCCUGACACAUCACUUUGAACGUCGCAGUGUGCGGAUCGAGGUCACCUGCAACCACUGUGCCAAAGGUCUAGUGUUCUACAACAAAUGCAGCCUCUUGUCUCAUGCCAGGGGCCACAAGGACAACGGGGUGGUCAUGCAGUGCUCACAUCUAAUCCUAAAACCCAUCCCUGUAGAUCAGAUGAUAACUCCAUCACCCUCAUCAGGCCCAGCCAACCUAAAUGGCAUCAUCUCCAACUCCCAAGUUCAAGCACCCUCCAGUCAAAUCCCAGGAAGAGUUGCCAGUGAAGGGUCCCAAACUAAAGUGAUUUCAGCUCCAUGCAGUGCUCCUCUUGUGGCAGCCAUGCCAUUGGGGGAUGAUGCAUUGAAGGUCUGCAGGCACAGCCUAAAAUGCUUGGAGUGUAACAAAAUGUUCCAGGAUGGCAGCUCGCUAGCUAUGCAUUACCAACAGGCAGUGGAUUCCAGUGGACAGAAAACAUGCACCAUCUGCCAAAUGCUUCUCCCAAAUCAGUGCAGCUUUCAGUCACACCAGCGAAUCCACCAGCACAAGUCUCCUCACAUCUGCCCUGAGUGUGGCGCCAGCUGCCGUUCUGUCCACUUCCAAUCACAUGUCACCAAGAACUGCCUGCAUUACAGCCGUAGAGUCGGCUACCGCUGUAUCCACUGUAGUGUGAUCUUCGCUGAUGUUGCAUCUGUAAAAUCUCACAUCCAGAGUUCUCACUGUGAGAUAUUCUAUAAAUGUCCUCUCUGCCCAAUGGCCUUCAAGACUGCACCUGGAACACACUCUCAUGCAAACACACAGCAUCCAGGAAUGAAGGCAGGAGAGCCCAAGAUGAUCUACAAGUGUUCCAUGUGUGAUACCGUGUUCACAUUGCAAUCCCUGCUCAACACGCACUUUGACCAGCACAUUGUCAAUCAAAAGGUUUCAGUGUUCAAGUGCCCCGAUUGCUUCAUGCAAUACGCACAGAAACAGCUCAUGAUGGACCAUAUCAAGGCCAUCCAUGGAACCCUGAAAACCAUUGAGGGUCCACCAAACCUGGGCAUCAACCUUCCUCUCGGCACCAUGCCUACUAACUCUAAUAACAACAACAGCAACAGCCCCAAAAUUAAUAAAAAUAAAACAAAUAAUAACAACAAAGAUGGAGGAAAUGUAAAUGGUCAAGAUAAGGGAAUCACUAAGCCUUCAUCUUCACCUCUAAAGAAAACAAACACUAACUGCUCAUCGGACCUGAAGAGCCCACCAUGCUCAGGAUACACAUGUGGAGACUGCAGGAGCCUCUUUAGUUCCAGAGAAGUCUUUGUGGUUCAUAUGAGAAGUGAACACGAAAAGAUUCUCAAGAAACACCCUUGUCGGCAGUGUGAGAAGUCGUUCAACUCCUCCCACAGUCUCUGCCGACACAACCGUCUCAAACACAAGGGACUGGGGAAGGUCUACACCUGCCCGCACUGUCCAGCUCUCAGUCCUCCGUUCAGUAAAAGAGUGCUGCUGGAUCAGCACAUUCAUCUGACACAUGGGGUCAAAGAGGGGAAGACAGUCAACUCGGACAAUACGGAGGCUUUACCGGACAAGGAUACGACACUAAGCCCCAAAAGGAAGCCAGAAGAGGACGAGGGGUCUCCAGGCCUGAUGUCCAGGGGCUCCGGCUCACAGCCGUUAAAGAGGCUCAAAGUUAAUAUCCUUAAAGUUCAAAAGUGUGCCGUCUGUGGCCUCACAACUGAAGACAUCGCAGCUUUCCAUGAGCACAUUCCCCAGCACAAGUCUGAUGGCUCUUCCUACCAGUGUCAAGAGUGCGGCCUGUGCUACACCUCCCACCGCUCGCUGGCCCGACACCUCUUUAUCGUCCACCGGCUAAAGGAGCAGCAGGGUCUCGCCCUAUACAAUGGACGGGGCAAGGAUGACGAUGAGAGUCAGAGAGAGAACCAGCUGGACGUUACAGACGGGACACCAAACACCAAAUGCAAAGUGUGCGGGAUGAGGUUUGAGACGGAGGGAAACCUAAACACUCACAUGAGGACACAUGGGAUGGCUUUUAUAAAGUCUAAGAGACUGAUUGCGGCUGAGAAGUGACUUUUUCAAAGCAUUCCAACUAAAGCAAAUACUGUUGUUUUAAACUUUACAGUUUGUUAAGACAAACAACUCUCAGUAUAUUAUGCGGUACUACAUUCAAAAUGUAAAUGCCGGUUACUACAAUAUGUAUACAGUAUAAACUCAAAAAUAUGUAAGACAUGUCAAAAUCACUUUAUGUUUAAGAUAGAUUUUUGUACACGUAAAUGUUUUUAGGCUUUGAGGUUGUUUUAUAGAAGAGCUUUUCUUCUUUUAUUUGAAACAAUUUCCAUUGUUCUUGCUAGGGCUAGAUAAUAUGUGGAUAUAUUGUUGUAAUGGGACUAAUUCUCAUACAGUCAGCAGUGUUCUGAAUGUUUAAAAUUGCUGAUGUAAAACAAAUGUCUAUAAGAAGAAACAUGCACAGAUAAACCCUUUUGGAGUUUCAUGUUUUUUUGCAGUACAUAAUAUUUGUCCUGUAGUACCUGAUGUCCUCAGUUUCACUUAAC